AUGCCCCUGUGAAUGGACUAUAAUCUUUGCUUCAAUUCUCCUUCCCCUAUCAAAUAUUUGAAAAGAAAAGGCAAGGAUUGUAUGAAGAGAUUUCUGUCGGGCUGGCAUACACUCUGUUGCUAUGAGCAUAGAAGAGUGAGGAAGUACCAAGCAGGCCUUUCUUAGCACGUUAUACUAAAAUGAAGAUGAUAAUUAGAUUGCUGUCCAUGCCGGCUACUCACUUGACUUUGGCCAGCAUUUGGAAACCCUAUGACCUUUGACCUACUCCUGGUUAACCCCAGAUGUUGUGAGGGAUUGGAAACACCUUGAUUGCCUGCCUUGAUGUGAAGAUUGAUUCUGUGGUAAUAUAGAGAGGUCCAGCAGGUGGCAGUAGCAAACUUCCAUAAUUUCCUCAAACCUAAAACUGAAAUGGCAACAAUCCGUCAGCAACCACUGUUAAGUGAAAUCCCUCCUCCUUAUUUUUUUUUUUAAAAAAUUGUGAUUCCAGGGCACGUGGUUUGCAAAGGAGAGCAGGAAUUGGUGGUUUCCCUCCAGAUAUUUGCUAUUAUGCUUGGCUGGCUGAGUUGAAAGCACAUUUCGGAUUUGCUGUCCUUAACGAUUCUGCUUUUGGUCUCUGUUCCGGUCUUAUUAAGAACACUUUUUGGAAAUUAGAAGUUGGAAGAAUACUAUUAUGUACAAGGUAUCCUUGAGCAAGACUUCGGUCUCAAAGUGACAAUUUCAAGACACGCUUGCUCAGAAGUUAAAUCCUGCUACACUCCAAAGGGCGUUCUCCAGAGUAAAUAUUGCGCACAUUUUUCACAACUCCUUCGCGAGCUUCUUGGAUUUUUCAAGAGGAACUCAGAUAAGAAUGGAGCUGACAUGGACAGGAGUUCUGCUUCUUCUCUGUGUACUCUUCACCCUUUUCUCAUCUUUCCAAAUGUAUAAGAAAAAAGGGCAGCUGCCCCCUGGACCUGCUCCAUGGCCUAUUCUGGGGAACCUCUUUCAGCAAGAUGUACUACCUCUGUAUAAGUCAUAUAAAAAGCUUAUUGGACGGUAUGGUCCUAUCUUUACCAUCUGGGUUGGAUCAAAACCUUUGGUUGUGCUCUGUGGACAUAAGAUAAUAAAAGAUGCUUUGAUAAAUCAUGCAGAAGAAUUUAGUGGACGUAAUGUUGUGCCCACCAUUGAGCGAAUAUUCCAUAACCAUGGUCUGGCCACUGCUGAUGAGAAAAUCUGGAAGGAGAUGAGACAUUUCAUGCUAUCUACCUUGAGAAAUUUUGGGAUGGGGAAGAAACAGAUGUCUGAAAGAGUGCAGGAGGAAGCCCUUUGUCUAGUGGAAGAACUGGGCAGCAUGCAAGGGCAGCCUUUUGAACCAAAAAGAAUAUGUACAAGUGCUGUUUCUAAUGUAAUCUGCGCAGUCGUCUUCGGCAAUCGAUUUGAUUACAAAGAUCAAACGUUUGUGGAGAACCAAAAGACUGUGGAAUCUCUCUUAAAAUUAUGCAGUAAUUUCACAGGAAUGGAGCAGAACUCAUCCAUGAUUAUCUACACUCCGGAAAAGCUUGUACGUUUUGUGCUUGAAAUGUUUUUUGCUGGGACAGUAAGCACAAGCAAUGUUUUGGUCUCCAGCCUAUUGGUUGUGGCCAAAUUGCCACACAUUCAAGCUAAAGUGCAACAGGAGAUUGCUGAGGUGGUGGGUACAAGUCAUAUCCCAAGCAUGGAAGACCGUUUGAGGAUGCCUUUCACAAAUGCUGUGAUCCAUGAGGUUCAACGGUGUUGGAUAGACAGCCUUGAGACCUUUCCACGGGCAACAACUUGUGACAUAACAUUCCAUGGUUAUAGCAUUCCCAAGUACAUGGCUGUUGUGGCAGUCCUCCCUUCUGUACAUUUUGACCCUCUCCAGUGGGAAACUCCAGAGAAGUUCAAUCCAAAUCAUUUUUUGGACGAAAAGGGCCAGUUCAGGAAAAGAGAUGCUUUCAUGGCAUUCUCAGCAGGGAAGAGGUCCUGUCCAGGGGAGGCCCUGGCUCGGAUGGAGCUCUUCUUGUUUUUCAGCGUUCUGCUCCAGAAGUUCACCUUCUAUCUGGAUGUGGAUACCAAAGACAUGGAUGUAAUAUCUUUGAUUAUGGACUUUAAAAAUAAUAAAUCCCCCCCUUUACGAGCCAUUAAACGUUGAAUGCUAAUGAAGAGAAGGAAAGAAAUUGAGGGUUUUUUUGCGGGGGGGGGGAAUCUCAGAUGCAAUUUUUAAAGAAGAAUUUCGGGAUAUUGAAGGAUUUUGAGUGAAACUAAACUAAUAUACUUUUUCUUUUAAA